AGUGAGGGAUAAAUUCUCGUGCCUCAUAUCCGAUAGCCGCGGCCGGGUAGCAUUAAACUCUCAUCUCUAUUUUCAGAAUAAUGCAGAAUAAACUUGGAAAAUGAGCAAAGUGAAUAAAGCGAAGGAUACUGCUGCGGCGGCUUCAUCUGGAGUGAAGCGGAUAAGCGAGAAGAAAUUGGAGGCCUUCACCGUGGGCACCUUUUCGAAGCGACAGUUGUCCAAGAAGGAGAUUGAGGAGCAAAAGAAGAAGGAGGAUGCGGCAGCCGCAGCACAUGCCUUCAAGGAGUUUGUGGAGACGUUCCAGGAAGCACCCACCCCAUCCUCCAAAGUGUGGGUUAAGGCUGGUACUUACGAUGCGGGCACCAGGCGCGAAGAUAAAUCGGAGAAGGGCAAGCUUUACAAGCCAGGCGCGAAGCUGCUCGAAAAGAGCUCUUCCGACAAAGCCGAGGAGUAUGCGAAGACGCUGGCUUCGGACCUGAAGAAGGAUGCAGGCCCCAUAAAGAAGAAAAACCAGGAAAAGAAAAAGAGCAAUCUGGAGCUGUUUAAGGAGGAACUAAGACAAAUCCAAGAGGAACGUGAAGAGCGCCACAAGUACAAACACUUGGCUGCAUCCCAUGCGCAUUCUCAACCAUCCCAACAACAGCAGCAACAGCCCCAGCCAAAGCCUAGCAGCAGCAGCAGCAACAGCAACGAACCAGCCGGCUCCAAAUCUGCAAACAAUGCCCGGGAUUCUGGAUCGUUUGAUACUGGUGAUCCCAAUACGACCAAUCUCUACCUCGGAAAUCUGAAUCCAAAAAUAUCCGAGCAACAGCUAAUGGAGAUUUUUGGGCGUUAUGGUCCUCUAGCUAGUAUAAAGAUAAUGUGGCCCCGGUCGGAAGAGGAAAAGCAGAGGGGUCGGAAUUGUGGAUUCGUAGCUUACAUGAGUCGCAAGGAUGCCGAAAGAGCGCUCCGGGCUCUCAACUGUCGAUACAUCAUGGGCAACAAAAUGCAACUGGGAUGGGGUAAAACUGUUCCAAUUACAAACACCCCCAUAUUUGCCCCGCAAGCAUUGUUGGAGCUAACUCUUCCUCCACCGCCCUCUGGACUGCCCUUCAAUGCCCAGCCACCGCCAAGCGAGGCAGACGUUUUGCCCAAGAAGAACUAUAAGGAGUUUGACAAGGAGGAGGACAAGGAAAAUAUGGAAAGAAUUCUUGGAAAGUGUGUCGUAAAAGUCGUUAUUCCCAACGAGAAGGCUGUACUAAACAUCAUACAUCGGAUGAUUGAGUUCGUGAUUCGGGAAGGCCCCAUGUUCGAGGCUUUGAUAAUGAUUCGGGAAAUGGAGAACCCACUCUUCUCGUUUCUCUUCGACAAUGAGAGUCCCGCUCACAUCUAUUACCGCUGGAAAUUGUUUUCUUUGCUUCAGGGUGACACUCCAAGCGAGUGGAGGGAGAAAGAUUUCCGCAUGUUCAAGAACGGACCAGUUUGGCGGCCACCGAUUGCAAACUUUUUCACCCAGGGUAUGCCCGAUGAACUGGUGGUGGAUCCCGACGCUCCUGUAACCAAUGUUGGAGCCCUGUCUCAUGCACAACGAGAUCGCCUUGAAGACCUUUUAAGAAAUAUAACACCAGAGCGUUCCCGCAUUGCAGAUGCUAUGAUAUUCUGCAUUGAGCAUGCGGGCUCUGCAGAUGAGAUCUGCGAAUGCAUUGCCGAGUCUUUAGCGGGUUCCAAGACAUUGGCUUCUAAGAAAAUUGCUCGUUUGUAUCUAAUUUCAGAUAUACUGCAUAAUUGUACAGUAAAGGUCUCAAAUGCUUCUUUCUUCCGCAAAUCCGUGGAAAAGCAAUUGGUCGAAAUCUUUGAAAGCCUGCACACUUACUACUCGAACAUUGAGAGUCGAUUGAAAGCGGAAGGAUUCAAAUCGAGGGUCUGCAACGUCAUUCGCACUUGGGAGGAGUGGACCAUCUAUCCCAAGGAGUUCUUGGCUCAGUUGAGGGCUAAAUUUCUUGGAAAAGCGUAUGUCAUGCCAUCGAACUCGUCACCUCAAGCCGAGGAAGCCCAAUCUGAAGAAGCUCUGGAUGAAGAUAUUGAUGGUGCACCUCUCUCCGGAGAGGAGAAGGACGACGAAGACCUGGACGGAGUGCCGUUGGACGGAGCGGCUUUGCUUAAGAGCGCGUUGAAGCGAGCCUUGCCAGAGGCUCCUACUCCCCAGCGCAACACGCCAAAGAAGGAUGAUUAUCUGGACGAAAUAGAUGGCAUACCACUUGAUGAAGAAAUAGAUGGCGUGCCGCUAGAAAAAGAGGUAAAGCCUCAGGCGAAGAUGCCCGGAUUUAUUCCUUCUAAGUGGGAGACAGUGGAUCCACAGCAGGUCGAGGCCCAGGCCAUCACCACUAGCAAAUGGGACACUCUGGACCCGCCUGAUCCGCCAAAGUUCUACAGCUCCGACGAUGAUAGUGAGGAUGAUAACUCACAGACGUACAGCGACGAAAAGCGCCAAAAGCUAAGAGAAAUCGAGUUGAAAGCCAUUCAGUACCAGGAUGAACUGGAGUCUGGAAAACGGCGCUUGGAACCAGGAUGGACAGUUUCGGAGCAAGUGGAGUACUUCCGUAAGCGGUUGAUGAAACAGGAUUCCAGAUCAGACUCUACUGUGGACUCCCCUCUGAGCUACAUGCACACCAAGUCUAAGAACUCCAAGCGUAGCGCCAGCCCUGGACCGUAUAGUAGCAGCUCCCGCAAGCGUUCUCACUCGCCCGGAGACUCCAAACGCCGUGACCACUCGCCGGAAACCUCCCGCAGCAGCAAAUCCUCGAAACGUAAUCGCUCGCGCAGCCCUUCGGAUUCGCCGAAGCGCUAUUCGGAACGGUCAUCCCGAAGCUCCAGGUACGACAGUCCGGCGUCCAGCUCCUCUCGCUCCAGAAAGUCCCCGUCGCCCUUCGCUUCAAGGUCAUCUCGGCGUGAGGAGGCGUCACCCCCGCCGAAACACCGCAAUGACAAGCACAAACACAGACAUAGGCACUAGGCGACACUCUUGACCACCAGGAUUAAAAAUAAAAACAAUAGAUUGUUUAAAUA